AUGGAGAAGUACCUGUUCGGAGAAGACGCGGAUCUUUAUCGAAGGACCCUAAGACUUUUGUUCUCACUUGCCUGCGAGAAAAUCUUUCCCGACCGCAGCAUUCAAGGAGGGUACUCGAUCGCAAAUGCCUACUGGUACUGGAUCCAGGGCAUCGAGGCCGUGCACCACAACGAGCUCGAGAUGAUCAAGGCGGAGAUGCUGCAACUGGUAGCAAGAGACGUCAAGGUGCACGAGGAGAAGAGGCCGUACAAGGAGGUGCUGCAAUACUUCAUCGAGAAGGAGCAAUUCAUCGCUGCAAAGCUCCUCUCCUCUCGCAUCCCAAUCGGAGGGAUGGUAGACGUCAAAGUUUGUAUGAUCGAAGAGAAGCCCCAUUUCCGUCUGAGAUACCCCAAGGGUGGCGUGAUGCUCACUUACGGCUCUCGCUUCGUCGAUCAACCAGCCAUCACGAGCGCGAUACUCGAGCUUCGAGAGUGGUCCAAAAAGACUGGAGUGAACUGCAGCGCAGGAGAUGGAGCACAGAAGUUGUACAUCCAUGCGUGCGAGGUCCGACUGGAAAACAAGAUCUCAGAGCUCGCAAAGCAGAUAGCAAAGCGAGCCGGCCCCACGGCUUCCGGCAAAACCACCUUCUCGCACAAGCUCUCCCUCGCCCUCCGUACUGAAGGUGUGUCCUCCAUGCCGCUCACUGUGGAUCACUACUACCUGCCGCUGGACCGUCAACCCAAGUACCAGAUCAGACACAACAGAGCGGAUGUGGACUACGACUCCAUCGAGAGUAUGGACGUCGAACUCGUUCAGGAGCAUAUCAUGGCGCUGACUCAUGGAGAGACGGCUGCUCAGCAAGGUCGUGCCGUUCACAGACAAGUGCAGGUCAUGACGCCGAUCUACAACAUGAAGACAGGAUACAGGGAGCAUCCAGGGAAGGAGAUGAAGCUGGAGGAGGGAGGAACGCUGAUCAUCGAGGGCAUUCACGCGCUCAAUCCCAACUACACCUCAAAGAUCCCUGAGAACGAGAAGUUCAAGGUCUACAUCUCACCCAUCAUGACGCUGCAGCUCGAUGACUUCAAUGUCUGCAAGACCACCGACCACAGAUUGGCGCGACGUAUGUCAAGAGAUUAUCUCUUCCGAGGAAACAAUGCAGCUAAGAACGAAGCCGACUUUAUCUUCAACUCUGCUAUGCACUGCGAACUCCCAAUCCUUAAGGGAAGACUCGAUCAGCUUCUCCGUACUGUUCCUCCUGACAAUGACAACUUCGUCAAGUGCUCGCACCUCCUCGCCGUGCUCGACACUUUCCCUACCUGGCAGGAGAGUCCCGUCGCUUCUACUUCGAUCCUACGUGAGUUCAUAGGAGGAGCGAUCUGUCGUUACGCAUCGAAGCUCAUGAUUCCUUCUUCUGGCUCGUCGGGGGGGGGAGGAGCAUUGGUGGAGGUGAUAGCGGCGCUAAGGCGGUACAAGACGAACGUGAACCUGCAAGAGAAGGUGGAGCAGAGAGCGCGCGACCUCUCGCUGACGCUGAGCCUGCAGGGGCUGAUGGCCAUCUCCUCUUGCCUCAUAGAAGCGACUUCCGAGCUGGACCCCAGCACAGCUCAGGUGACCUGCGAGAUUGUUCUUGACAGCCUCAAGUGCCAUGCGGACGUUGCGAGGGUGCAGAGAGGAGGGUUGCUGGCCUUGUCCGGCAUCUUCAGCGGCCGAGGCUCGGAGCUCAAACCUUACUUCGCGAACCGAUCGCUGCUGGCCUGCCUGGACGCCAUGCAGCGAUUCCGCGGGGAGAUGAGCGUGCUCAGCGUCGGGUGCCUGGCACUGUGGAGCAUCUUGAUGGACAUGAAGCAGAGCCCCGGGGACGGAAGCACAAGCAAGGAAGUUGUUCGCGCGCUCCUCUCAGUCCUCGAGUUCUCCCCCAACCACCAAGACUCUCACGUCACGGCCUUGAGCGCCAUCAGUCAGUGUGUGCACUCGGCCUCCUACGCUGACGUCACGAGGGAUGACAUGGAGGUCAUCUUGAGCAGCAUAGACAAGAGCAUCAGCGAGGAGCGAGUGGCGGAUCAGGGCCUGCGCACCCUCCUCUCUCUCCUCGGUCAUGACCUGCUGCGGCCCCAGCAGAAUCUCCGCGUGUCUCUGGGUGCUCGCGAGCUCGCGGAGAUCGUGGCGAUAGUCAGCCGGGCGUUGCAGGCGCAUCAGUCGAGGAGGAGCAUCGUUGAGAGCAGCAGCUUGAUCCUGUGGCUGCUGGGAGGGAAGAGCAAGCAGUCGCGCGUGAGUGACGAGGCGAUCCUGAUCCUCUUCAACGGGCUGCUCGAGGAUCAUCCUCUCACCCUUGAGAUCGUUCUCGCUCUCAGCGCCUCCUUGACUUACUCCACCAUCGAGCAGUGUGAGCGCCUGCAGUGGAGCCACGUCAGUCAGGUGGUGGAAGUGCUCGAGCGAUCCUCCGACGCGCUCCUGCUACAGCACGCUCUUAUGCUGCUGAGCAACCUGAUGUCACGGCAGACGUUCAACCAGCACAUGUCGCUGCAGGGAGCGACGGGGAAGGUGGUACGGAGGAUGCGAGGGAUGGAGCACAGCAGAGAGCUGGACCGAGAGAAGUGCGCGCUGCUGGGGAACCUCGCGGUGACGGAGGAGAACCGCCGGAUGAUCGCAGAGAGCGAGGGGAUCGAGCUCAUCUUCGACUGCGUCGCCGCCUUCCUCGAGUGUCCUGACGUGCAGGAGAAGGGCUCCACUGCGCUCCUGAACUUGGCGGUGCAGGACCAGUACAAGGAGGUGGUGACAAGAAUGGGAGGCAUCGAGUAUGCCCUGGAAACCAUGAGCAGACACCCAGGAGAGAUCCUGCUGCUGGAGCGAGUUUGCGGGCUGCUGGGGAACCUCGGGCUGAAGCGAGAGAACCAGCGGGAGAUCUUGAGCAAGGGAGGAGUCAUCGCGAUCCUCUCCUCCAUGAAGCGACACCCGCAGGCCUCAGGGCUUCAGUGCAACGCGUGCGGGGCGAUCUGGAGCCUGGUGUCGAACCAGGAGGUGCAGGAGAACCAGCGAGUGAUCGGGAGCUCCGGAGGGAUCCCAGUGAUUCUUCAUGCCAUGGCGUGCGGGGCCUUGUGCGGGCUGGUUUUCAGGAACGACAAGAACAGGAGCAGCGUCAAGGGCAAGGGAGGAGUGGAGCUGCUCAAGAAGGCGCUGCAGACGCACUCGCGACACCAGGGGGUCACCCAGACCGCCACCUUCUGUCUCGAGGAGCUGCUGUGA